AUGGAAACUCCCAACAUCAUGAUCAGUCACACAGAUCUUCUUUCGAAAAUCGACCUCGAAAAGCAAAAACAGAGCAGCAUUUUCCCAUCAAUCUCUGAGCUUAAAAUAGAGGCCAAGUCUCUCUUCUCCUUAGCCUUUCCCACCAUCCUCGCCGCUCUCAUCCUCUACGCUCGUUCCGCGAUCUCUAUGCUCUUCCUCGGUCAUAUCGGAGAGCUAGAGCUCGCUGGUGGCUCCUUAGCCAUUGCAUUCGCCAACAUCACUGGCUACUCCGUUCUUGCAGGCCUCGCCCUCGGCAUGGACCCACUCUGUUCUCAAGCCUUUGGAGCCAACAAGCCAAAACUCCUCUCUCUGACUCUCCAACGAACCGUUCUUUUCUUACUCACAAGCUCGCUCGUGAUCCUCGCUCUAUGGCUCAACUUGGGAAAAAUCAUGAUCUAUCUUCAUCAAGAUCCAAGUAUCGCAUCGUUGGCUCAAACAUAUAUCAUCUGCUCUAUUCCUGAUUUGCUCACUAAUUCCUUUCUUCACCCUCUCCGUAUAUACCUUCGAGCACAAGGUAUCACAAGCCCACUAACCCUAGCAAUGCUCGCCGGCACCAUCUUCCACAUAYCCAUGAAUUUUUUCCUCGUUUCUUACCUCCGAUUGGGUUUCGUCGGUGUUUCAAUGGCCGCGGCCGCUUCGAAUUUCUUUGUCGUCGUUUUUCUUGUUGCCCACGUUUGGAUCACCGGUCUACACUCGGCAACUUGGUCCCGCCCCGGCUCUGAAUGUUUCAAAGACUGGGGUCCACUUGUCAGCCUUGCCAUACCUAGCUGCGUCGGCGUUUGCCUAGAGUGGUGGUGGUACGAGAUCAUGACAGUUCUAUGCGGUUUACUCAUUAACCCUCAGACUCCAGUCGCAGCAAUGGGCAUUCUUAUCCAAACGACGUCCUUGCUCUACAUCUUCCCUUCGUCUCUAGGGUUUGCGGUCUCGACCCGAGUCGGUAACGAACUCGGGUCAAACCGCCCAAACACGGCUAGGUUAUCAGCUAUAGUAGCGGUUUCCUUUGCGUGUGUGAUGGGUAUGACCGCCUCCGCGUUUGCUUGGGGAGUAAGCGAUGUAUGGGGGCGGAUUUUCACAAACGACGUUGAUAUCAUCAAAUUAACCGCGGCCGCGCUGCCGAUUCUCGGGCUCUGUGAGCUCGGGAACUGCCCGCAAACGGUAGGCUGCGGGGUCGUUAGAGGGACCGCGCGGCCUUCGGUGGCCGCAAACAUAAACCUAGGAGCGUUUUACCUUGUCGGAACGCCGGUAGCUGUUGGACUAACGUUUUGGGCGUCGUAUGGGUUUCGCGGGCUUUGGUUAGGGCUUUUCGCGGCUCAGAUAUGCUGUGCGGCUAUGAUGCUUUAUGUCGUCGCUUCUACUGAUUGGGAAAGAGAAGCAAAGAGAGCAAGAAAGCUAACGUCCAGUGAAAACGUUGAUGUGGUGAUAACAGCGCAAAGUAACAAUGACUUAACGGAGCCAUUAUAUUACGUUGUCACUGUAGCUGCUGAUUGA